AUGGUUAAGUCAGAGCACAAGAUCAAAACAGAACCAUCAAAGGCAAUGAGAUCUUUGGCCUCAUCAGAUAGCAAGAAGAAGAAGAAGUACAAGGGAGUGAGAAUGAGGAGUUGGGGCUCGUGGGUAUCGGAGAUUAGAGCACCAAACCAAAAAACAAGAAUAUGGUUAGGCUCUUAUUCAACACCAGAGGCAGCAGCUAGAGCCUAUGAUGCUGCACUUCUUUGUCUUAAAGGUUCUUCAGCAAAUCUUAAUUUCCCUUCAAGUUCCUCGCAAUACAUUCCUCAAGACACUGUCAUGUCCCCCAAAUCAAUCCAAAGAGUUGCAGCAGCUGCUGCAAAUAGUUUCAUUGACAAUGCCACCACUCCUGAUUCAGCCUCAUCAUCAUCACUGGUCUCAUCCCCUUCAAUGGUCUCUUCUCCCUCUGAUCAAAUCGAUUAUGACGCAUCCCUAGUGUCAUCUUUUGAGGCCUACACUAGCUGUGAUCAAGCAAAUGAAUCAAUGGCUGUGAUGGAACCUUGGUAUACCUUUGAUGGUCUUCAAUCCCCGAAGUAUGUUGAUCACAUGUUAAGUGGUGCUUUCUUUGAUAUUGAUUCGUCCCAUUUGCUUGAUGAUCUAUAUGAAGAAAGUGACAUUCGUUUGUGGAGCUUCUGCUGA